GCGGCUCCGGGCUCAGCCCGCGAACGCGAGCGGGACCAGCGGCCCCGCAGCCUCGGGUAAAGCCCUGCGACACCCACCUUCCCCUCGCGGCGCCGCCGCCCCGGCCCCCCGCCGCCAUGUCGGUGGAUCCCAUGGCCUACGAGACGCAGUUCUUCGGGUUCACGCCCCAGACGUGCAUGCUGCGCGUCUACAUCGCCUUCCAGGACUACCUCUUCGAAAUGAUGCUGGUGGUGGAGGGCGUGAUGCUGAAGAAGCUGGACGGCAUUCCCGGCUGCAAAGUCAGCCCUUCCCAGAUCCGGAAAUGCACCGAGAAAUUCCUGCUCUUCAUGAAGGAGCACUUCGAUAGACUCUUCGCUAAAAUGGAAGAAGUGCUGCUCCAGCUGGUGCUGAACAUCCCGAAGAACGUGCUGCUGCCCGAGGACAGGGUGCAUGAGCAGUAUCCCUACAGCAAGGAGGAAUUCCAGGCGCUGCAGGACGAGCUGCAGCAGCUGCAGCAGCAGUGCAGGGCAGAGGUGGCUGCAGAGCAGACACUGCGAGCAGAGCUGGAGGAGCAGAAGGUCGUCAAGGCCGAGCUGGAGAAGAUUUUGCAGUGCUUUGAUGGGCUUGAGAGCAUCUGCAGGGAGCAUGGGGCCGGCAACUUCAAGGAAAGUUUUGCCCUCCUGACACAGAACUCUAAGAAACUGCAGGAUGUGCUGAAAGAUAUUGAAAAGAAGAGCCAAAAAAUGAAGCAGCAUGAUCAGUUAAUGUGAUGGAAAUUAUGAAAAGGCAACAGAUGUCAUAUAGAGAGAGCUUACUUAAAAUUACGGAGGCAUAUCUUUCCCUUUCUCUGCUCAUCCUGCCAGGAUUUGGUCUAAAAGCUGUUGAAUUGUGCCAGUUUGCAGCCCCCUAAGGCAGGAAGGGGAGAGAAGCCUGUAAAAUGUAACUCAGAUUGUUAACUUCAUAAGUUUUGGGUUGCAUAACCGGGAUUUGAUAACACUGAAUGUUACCUGUGAACAGAGUGUAGCAUUUGCCCAUUUUAAGGAUUAUAAAAACAAAGCCUCGUUAAGACUUGUAGGAAUAUGUAGGUAGUUUCCAGCCUGAGGCCGGUGCAGGGCUUCAGUGAGGACUUGGGGACACUGGCCAUGGCCACAGUGCCUUUCAGUGUGUUUGGAAAGCCAACAAGGAGGAAGUGCAGGGAGAAGGAUGCUGUUGACGAGGUUCUGAUGAGAUCUGCUGGCAUCAAACCAAAUUUCAGCCCAGUUUAUGGAAUCUCAGGGUUCCUCACCACUGCACCUGUGCUUGUGUUUCUCUCAGCACAGAGCUACUGCUCCACAGAGCAGAAGCCACUGGAGGAAAUGAGUAAUUUCAUCCCUUUGUCCUACUUCACCUUAUGUUGCUUUAUAAAUGUAUUUGUUUGGGUUUUGUUGUUGUUGUUCAGUGUCCCUUUUCUACUAAAGAACAAAGUUCCUUUUAUUAAUGUUUAAUCAGUUUUUCCUGUGAAAGUGUUAUGAAUACUGAUAAGCUCUUAAUUAAACUUAUCCUCUCUGUACUUAAUUCAAAAUCCCCGACACUCUGUGCAUCUUUCCACAGUAGUUUUUAAAUCUCCUGUUUAGUUCUAUCAUUAAAUAUCAAUAUUAAUUUCUACUUUACUAGCAUAGAGGUUUAAAAGUCCUUAACCCUGUGAAUCACUUUGAGGUGACUGCAAUAAAAAAGUAUU